UGGUGAUGGACAAUCGACCUCUUGUGGGUCCUAUGGGCCAAGCGUAUCUCAAAUCAGAUGAGUAUGGUCGUAUCGGUACGCCUCAUUAUAUGGCCCCGGAGGUAGUAUCCAGUCAGUUGUAUGGGAAACCAGUAGAUGUGUGGGCUGCGGGUAUUCUCCUGCACGUGCUGCUGGUGGGCUACCUGCCCUUCACUGGAACUAGGGAACGACUCUUCGAAGCCAUCUGUCGAGGAAGACUUAGAUUCGACGGUCCCCUGUGGGACGACAUCAGCGACGCGGGCAAGGAGUUGGUGCAGCGCAUGCUGGCGGUGGACCACUCGCAGCGCAUCACCAUACAGGAUGUGCUCAGCCAUCGCUGGAUACGGGAUCGCGAUAAGCAGAACCGCAUCCACUUAGCUGGUACUGUGGAGGAGCUGAAGAAGUUCAACAGCCGGCGCCGGCUGCGAGCCGCCACCCUCGCCGCUGCGGCAGUCGAUGAUGAGGAGGAGGAGCAGCCUGGCCGCCGGCAGGUGCUGCUGGAAGAGGCCAACGCUGCUGCUGUGAACCUGGUGGUGGAGUCGCUGGACGACGUGGCGGUGCUGCAGGACGGGCCGCUCUUCAUGGACCCUGACCUCUUCCACAGCGUGCUGGACGACCUGCAGCUCAGAGCCCUGCUGGAGGUGUACGAUCGCAUCGCAUGCACCGUGGUGGUGAGCAGCGGCCGCGCGCCCGCCGCCGAGGCCAGGAACAAGACGCGACAGGCGCUAGAAGCGGCGGCGCGAGUGCGUCCGGCGAGCGGCGCGCCCUCGCCCGCCGCCGCCGCCGCCGCCGCCGCGCACGACCUGCGCCGCGUGCUCGCCAUGCCGCACAUCAAGGCGUUGCUUCAGGCGCACGACGUGGUGGCGCGCGAGGUGUACGGCGAGGAGUCGCUGCGCGCGUCCCCUCCGCCUGUCAACGGCCGCGCCCCUGCCCCCGCGCAGGACGACGACGACGACACCGAGCCAGAGUUUGAGAACGUGACCAGGGUGCGCCUCGUGCAGUUCCAGAAGAACACCGAUGAGCCCAUGGGCAUAACGCUGAAGCUAGCUGACGACGGUCGUUGCAUCGUAGCACGCAUCAUGCACGGCGGCAUGAUACACCGGCAGGCGACGCUGCACGUGGGAGAUGAGAUCAGGGAGAUUAACGGUACUCCUGUCGCCAACCAGUCCGUAGCUCAACUGCAACGGAUGUUGCGUGAGGCCCGUGGCUCGGUGACCUUCAAGAUCGUACCAUCGUAUCGCUCUGCGCCGCCACCUUGCGAGAUAUUUGUGAGAGCGCAAUUUGAUUACGAUCCUUUAGAAGAUGAAUUGAUCCCGUGCGCUCAAGCCGGUAUUUCCUUCAACACUGGAGAUAUACUUCAGAUAAUAAGCAAGGAUGACUCUCACUGGUGGCAGGCGCGUAAAGACGCGGCAGGGGGCUCUGCUGGCCUCGUGCCCAGCCCUGAGCUACAGGAGUGGCGUGCCGCCUGUGCCGCUGCUGAACGCUCUAACGCCGAUCAAGGAGCCGAGGGCUGCGUGUCGCACACCGACGGCUGCGAGAACACAGUCAAUUGUUCGAUAUUCGGACGCAAGAAGAAACAAUCUAAGGAUAAAUAUCUUGCGAAGCAUAACGCAGUGUUUGAUCAACUGGACGUGGUGACCUAUGAAGAAGUCGUUAAACUACCAUCUUUCCAGAGGAAGACGAUAGUGCUGUUGGGCGCGCACGGCGUCGGCCGACGUCACAUCAAGAACACCCUGAUAGCGCGACACCCCGACCAGUACGCGUAUCCCAUACCGCAUACAACUCGUCCGCCUCGACCUGAUGAAGAGAACGGCAGACAUUAUUACUUCGUGACCCACGAGGAGAUGAUGGCGGAUAUUGCUGCUAAUGAAUAUUUGGAAUAUGGCACGCACGAGGACGCGAUGUACGGCACGAAGCUGGAGACGAUCCGGCGCAUCCACGCGGAGCGCCGCGUCGCCAUCCUGGACGUGGAGCCGCAGGCGCUGAAGGUGCUGCGCUCGGCCGAGUUCGCGCCCUACGUCGUCUUCGUCGCCGCGCCGCCGCUCAACAACGUCGCUGACUACGACGGUUCCCUGGAAGUGUUAGUACGUGAAUCUGAACAACUCCGUCGUACGUACGGACAUCACUUCGACCUCUGCAUCGUCAACAACGACAUCGACGACACGCUCGCGCAACUGGAGGCGGCGCUCGCGCGGCUCCGCACCGCGCCGCAGUGGGUGCCCGUCGCUUGGGUGUACUGACCUAACGACUGCUACCUAUAGAACAAAUACGACUCUAUUGCCUCAGGUAUAAAGUUCACUUUUGCUUGUACGUGAUGUACGUACAACAUGUCUCAAACGUAUCUCAAAUGUUCACUUUUAUUUUAGUGGAAAACGACUCUAUUGUCACAGGUAUAAAGUUCACUUUUGCUUGUACGUACAUCGUAUCAAUCGUUCACUUUUAUUUUAAUGAAAAACGACUCUAUUGUCUCGAGUGUAAGGUUCAGUUUAUUUAUCUGAAGACAAAACACGACUGUCUUGUCACGGGUAUAAAGUCCUUUAUUAUCUGUUGAUAAAAUACAACUCUAUGUUCUCAGAUAUAACGUUCACUUUCGCAUACAGGUCAAACACCACUCUACUGUUUAAAGUAUACUCUUUUUACCUGUAAACGAAAUACAACUAUUGCCUCGGGUAUAAGGUACACUUUUUACCUGUAGACAAAAUACGACUCUAUUAUCUGAGGUGUAACGUGUAGUUUUAUAUAUUGGCUUCACUGUCAUAACACUACAUAUUGUUGUCUUUGUUUUGUUUGGAGAGAUUGAGAGAGAUGGCAAUAUGUAAUAUGUUAGGAUAGUGAUGUACACGGUUACGUUAUGUUAUGUUUUUUGAAUUUAGAAUUGUUUUCGAUUAUAAGGGACAUUUUAACGAAUUUAAGUUUCUUUAUAAUUUGGUUUAUUCUGUUUUAUCUUUGGGAUUUUUUUUUUAAAUCAUUGAAGCUUGUUGAUUUCUAAAAUUGGUUUAAACUAUCUCUCUAAGAGGGUAUUUGAAAGUUUUUUUCAUAUUUAACAGCGAUUGUUAUAUUUAUUUUAUUAUUAUUUUUUUCUAUUAAUUAUUAAAACGCCGAAAAUUAGUUAAAAUUCUCAGUAAAUCUAAAAUCAAUGUAGUAAAACGAUGAAAUUUUAAUUUUCACGUUGCUGUUUAUAAUAAUUUUUGUUGUUUUUUUAUUGUCGACUUUGGUAUUUUUGAUUGCGUUUAUUUUGAAAUUGAAACAUAAAACAUUAAUAUAAAAUAUGAAAUAUAACUUGUUUAUAUAUUGGAUUGUUUGUAAAGGUAAAGGAAUGUUGAUUUACAUAUCAUUUAUAAAUUGAAUGUUUAUUGAGAAUGAAAAGUUGAAAAUCGAUUUAAAAGUAUGAAUACAAAAAACUCUAGUAAACAAUAAUUUAAAUUGUUCAAUGAAUGGAAACGCAAUUCAAAAUACCUUAGAAUUACAACAAAAUAUAAAAAAAAAAUGAAUUAAAACACCACUUAUUAAUCGACAAUUUUAUAUAUUAUACAAAUUGUCUUUAAGAUAUAAAUUUAUACUUACGUCAUUCUCACUUCGAGAGUAAUUAGCUCAAAACAAUUUUUAUUCUUAACAUAUAAAAAUUUAGAUAUUGUAGUUUUAGUAUGUAUGAUCUAAUUCAAUUAAAACUUGAAUCAUGAUUACUACGAAUUGUUUAUUAUAAAAGUAGUCAAAAGAAUCGGAAUCUAAAAAGAAAUCGACGGAAAAAACAAUAAAUUCGAAUAGAGGUCAUUUUAAUCAUAAAAUCAGUGCCCGUGUUAGGGAGGAUUUGGGCGGUUGCCCAGGGCGGUUAAAAAGGCGUCACUUCCUUUUACUUACAAAACCUGAUAAAAUAGGGGCGUUGUAAAUAUCGCCCAGGGCGUUAGUAGAUUUAAAAUUGUCACUGGCUAAAAUUUUUCAACGACAAAACUCCUGAAUAAAACGUUAUGAUUAAGGUUGUUUCAAACAUA